AACACACGUCUGGUCUUUCCUCCUCCAUUAACGCUCUGGAAUAACUCAGGACUCUCAAUGGAGCCCAAAAUGACUCGGAGAAUCAAGCGCACAUGGAUAUCUGAAAGUGGAGGGAGUUGAGAGGGAGAACUGCUAGUGUUUUUUUGUGGAUUACAAGCCCAGGAAUUUGAGCUAAGGGCGAGAAUUGGGACACCAUGAACUCAGGAGUAACGGUCGGAGCAGCGUCAGGAGCAGCACCAGAAUUGCAGCCGGACAGCGAGCUGCACUCGGCUGCUCUGGCGUCUCUGAAGGGUGACGUGGUGGAGCUCAACAAACGCUUACAGCAGAGUGAGAAGGAACGCGACGCACUGGAGAAGAGACUGACCAAAGCACAGUGCGAGCAGUCCCACCUGCUGCGGGAGCACGAGGAGGUGCAGGAGAGAACCACGCUGUGCUAUGAGGAAAGAAUCACCGAGCUGCACAGCAUCAUCGCCGAGCUCAACAAGAAGAUAGACCUGCUGCAGGGUACCACCAUCAGGGAGGAGGAUGAGUUGUCAGAGUUGCGAUCAGAGCUCAGCCACAGCCAACAGGAAGUCAACGAUGACGAUCAAAGCGUUGAUCAGGACCCCGACCAAGUGUCCAUCUCGCUGCCUGAAAACCAGUCAACGCUAGUCACUGCAGAUAUGGAUAACUGCAGUGAUUUAAACUCGGAGCUGCAGCGGGUGCUGAUGGGACUCGAGAGCGUGGUGUGUGGCCGUAAGAAGAGCGCCUGCAGCCUGUCCGUGGCUGAAGUGGACAGACACAUCGAGCAGCUCACCACAGCUAGCCAGCACUGUGACCUUGCCAUCAAGACCGUAGAGGAGAUUGAGGGGGCGCUGGGCCGCGAUUUUUACCCCAGCAUAUGUGAGGAACGUGUAAGAUGGGAGAAGGAGCUGGCAGGUCUGCGGGAGGAAAACGAGAGUCUGACAGCCAUGCUGUGCAGCAAAGAAGAAGAGCUCAACCGCACCAAAGCCACCAUGAGUGCCAUCCGUGAGGAGAGAGACCGCCUCCGUCGCCGGGUGCGAGAGUUACAGACUCGUCUGCAGAGCGUGCAGCCAGGUGGUGGUCAGUCCAGUCCGGGUCGUGUGACCCCCGCUGGGCGAUCCAUCAACCCCAGCACAGGGGAGCUUAGCACUAGCAGCAGCAGCAAUGACAUUCCCGUAGCCAAGGUAGCAGAGCGUGUGAAGCUGUACAAAACCCGCUCCGAGUCGUCAUCAACCGAGAGAGCUGUGCUGGGCUCGGAGAUCAGCAGUAUCGGGGUUUCUGGUAACGUAGCGGAGCAUCUGGCACAUUCUUUGCAGGAUUGCUCGAACAUUCAGGAGAUUUUCCAGACACUUUACUCUCACGGCUCUGCAAUCUCUGAAAAUAAGAUACGCGAGUUUGAGGUGGAAACAGAGCGACUCAACAGUCGAAUCGAGCACCUGAAGUCCCAGAACGACCUGCUGACCAUCACACUGGAGGAGUGUAAGAGCAAUGCAGAGAGAAUGAGCAUGCUGGUGGGCAAAUACGAGUCCAACGCUACAGCCCUGCGCCUGGCACUGCAGUACAGUGAGCAGUGUAUAGAGGCCUACGAGCUGCUGCUGGCUCUGGCGGAGACCGAGCAGAGCCUGGUGCUGGGUCAGUUCAGAGCGGCUGGAGUUGGUGCUGUGGGAGAGCAGGGUGGUGAGGAGAGCAUUACCCAGGUUCUGAAGAGAGCUCAUGACUGCAGGAAGACGGCAGAGAACGCAGCCAAAGAUCUACUGGCUCGACUGGACGGCAGCUGUGGAGCAGCGUUCUCCGUCGGUGGAUGCAGCGUACAGCCCUGGGAGAGCCUGUCCUCCAACAGCCACACUAGUACGACCAGCUCGACAGCCAGCAGCUGUGACACCGACUUCUCUAAAGAAGACGAGCAGCGUCUGAAGGACUACAUCCAGCAGCUGAAGAACGACCGGGCGGCCGUCAAACUGACCAUGCUGGAGCUGGAGAGCGUGCACGUCGACCCGCUGAGCUACGACGUUAAACCCCGCGUGGACUCGCACAGACUCGACCUGGAGAACGCCGUCCUCAUGCAGGAGCUCAUGGCCAUGAAGGAGGAAAUGGCGGAGCUAAAGGCUCAGCUGUACCUGUUAGAGAAGGAGAAGAAAGCGGUGGAGUUAAAGCUGAGCACUCGUGAGGCGCAGGAGCAGGCGUACCUGGUACACAUCGAGCACCUGAAGUGUGAGGUGGAGGAGCAGCAGGAGCAGCGCAGGAGGUCAUUUAGCUCCACAGGGAGCAGCGGUGCCAAAGACAAGAGCAGCAAGGACUCUGAUUCUGGCAUUAAUGCGUCAGAACUGAGGAGUCUCAGUGACAGUGACCUGGCAGCAGAGCUCACCAGCGCCCUCCGCAGGGAGAAGAAGCUGAAGGGGCGAGUGCAGGAUCUGGUGGCUGCACUGGAAAGACUCACCAAGAGCAGUGAGGUUCGUCAUCAACAGUCAGCGGAGUUUGUCAACGACCUUAAACGAGCCAACAGUAACCUGGUGGCAGCGUACGAGAAGGCUAAGAAGAAGCAUCAGAACAAACUAAAGAAGCUGGAGUCUCAGAUGAUGGCCAUGGUGGAGAGACACGAGACCCAGGUGCGCAUGCUCAAACAGCGAAUCUCCCUGCUGGAAGAGGAGACGUCACAACCACAUACCAACGAGACGUCUCUCUGAUACACACAACACACAGACGCGCUCGUCUGUCCGUGGAGGGCCGAGAUGCUCACUCACCACAAGCUGGAUCUUUCUGAUACUCCGACAGUACGGAGAUCUAGAACGCUGGAGUGUCACCCAUCACACGUUCAGCAAGAGCUGUGAGUCCAUCAGGGCACAUACACUGCAGCAGAAAUGCUGAUUUAAAUGCAUAGAGACGUUACAGAGUCGUAUUAGUGUUAUUAAUCAUAAAACUUCCAAUUUGUUCAGUGUUCUACAGUAUUUAACUGCAGAUUUUCAGUUCUGUGAAAUGCCAAAAACUUUCAGGAGAUUUUUUACGCAAAUAUUAUAAAUGUACACGCUGAGGGCAACAGCAGCAGCCAUAUUAACCAUGUCCAUGUUUAAACAUGCUGGGAUUUGGACACCACCGAAUAAACGUCUACACUAGGCUGGAGACGUACAAUUUAAAGCCAGUUUCUCAGUUUCACCUGUAAGAAGUUUUCCAUUGUUGAGCAGUAUUGUUAUCAGAUUUUUUACAAUGAUCUGAUCAUCAGGUUAACAAGCACUUGUAGUCAUGUCAGUCUGCUGCUGAGAGAAUUUCGAUUAUUGAGAGAAGUAAAAGCAUCUCGUAGAGUGAGGUGGCCAUGUUAUUACGUUUUAAAUCAAGUAUCUUAUGAAUAUUUUAUUACCCAAAACGAGUAGCAGAGCAUCAUCGCAAAACAGUAAACAGAAUAUCACAAACAUCUACAGUUCUAUAUUUUAUAAACGCUGUAAUUUAUUGACUGCAGCUCUGUACUGGUGAAUCCUUAUUUAAGUUUCUGUAGUAAGCCGUAGUGCAUUGUCAAGAGUUAAAGAGAAGUUUCUCAAACAGCCGUACACAUUCCUAAACACUAGGUCAAACAGAUACCGCAGCAAUUGUGUGUUUAAUUAGUUUACAUACUGUUUAGUAAAGUAGUUUGGGAGUCCAAGCUUUCCUUAAACUAGUUACGUUUCCUUACAUGCAAAGCAAUCCAGUUAACAUAUACAUGCACUCUAUAAUGUGGCUCAAAUCCAUGUGAUAUUCUAGAUCGGAUGCUGUUAGUGAGAACUCGAAUAGUCUCAUAAUUUAAAUUGUUUAUGCAGGUUUGAAUUUUUAAUGAGAAAAAAAGCUCCGAAAGGCCAGGAUCAAACCUGCUGUUAACUAAGUGAACGUGUGUGCAAGACGGCUGCCCUGCGUUUCCUUUCUUAAUUCGGGUAUGCAGUGUGCUGCAAGGCAUCGGGACAGUGCAGAUAAGAUAAGACAUGCAGUACAGUGGUGAUACCAGGACCAUACCAGGAUGUGGCAGGAUUACAGACUAAAACUAACACCAACUAACCAAAACUGACUGAAAUCCCAGAAUUUGAUAUUUUGGGAUAUUUAAGCUCAUAGGAACACUCACAAUGAUUGAUUUACUAAAGAUCUGAUGGAUUCUGUUCUAAACGUUAAUGUAUGAUGGCACCGCCCACUCAGAGAUGAAUAUUAAAACAAGGUUUGUUUUUA